CCCAGUUCCUCCGCCACCAGCCCCUAGUCAGUUUCCAUUAAAAUUGUUGUUAAUUCCAGUUUAUUAAAUCAAUUAUUAGAUAUUUAUUUUAUCAGUAAAACCAAAGUAAAAGAUAUUUACUUAUUUUACUUUAUUGAUUUAGUUGAUAUGUAUGAAAAAUAUAUUUUGAAAUGAGAGUGGAAGAGGUUUGUGUUGAUUUUAUAUUUUAGUGUGUGUUCAAUUGCACAAGAUUUGGACCUGCAGAUUCUAACAGGAUGGAAGCUUUGAACAGCCGGCUCCAAUUUCAGCGCUUUUAUUUUUAUAAGGUAUGUUGGAAUCUUAACACACUUAGAGAUUUUGUGGUUAUGAGAAGUAAAGGGCAACCUGUAUACAACUUUUGUGUAACCGUUGAUGAUGCUACCAUGGCUAUCUCAAAUGCCAUUAGAGCUGAAGAGUACUUGCCAAAUACUUUGAGAAAAUUAGCGAUCGGAAUAGAGAGAAUAGAAAAAGGAGAAAGCCGACUUUGUACAUGUGGAGAUGGAUUGAAGCCACUAUCCAAAAGAUGAGAGAUGAUUAAUCUUGAUUUGCAAAAUGAGAAUGAAGAGCUGAAGAAAAAGAAUGAAGAGUUGGCCUCUCGGUUUGAGUAUUUAGAAGCUCAAAUUAGCUACAAUCUCAAGUAGAAGAUCUUUUGAGAGCUAACUCCCUGCUAUCAUUCAAGGCCUAAAUCAAAGUAGUCAAAUACCGAGUUCUAAUUAAUGUAAAGUUAGUUGACUAUGUUUAUCUUUUAUUUAUUAGAAAGACAUCGUUUUAUGAUGUUUCAUAAAUAUGCUUCUGCCUCAA